UUAGCCGAGAUGUGUCGCGUGUGGAUGACGUAAUCAUCCCGGGACCGUUGAAACGUGACGACGACAACAAUCGUGUUGUGUUUGUGUUGGAGGUGUUUGUUGUUGCAGCAGGACGCAGUUCCACGUGUCAAACACAAUCUGAUGGUUUGAAUAAAAAAACUCUUAAAGAGAGAAAAGCCAUAAGAGCUGCGAGGUGAAUCGAGCUGCCGUGUGUUCGGGUUCACCUGCACUACAGGAGUAUGGUGGGAGUUUGUGUCUGGCUGCUGCUCCUGUCUGUGUCGGUCAGGGUGUGGUCAGUGCCGAUAGAGAGAGGUCCUGCCGCACAGGACGAGAAAGCAGAGGAAAACGUGGACACAGGGCUGUAUUAUGACCGUUACCUGAGGGAGGUGAUCGAGGUUCUGGAGACGGAUCCUCACUUCAGAGAGAAACUGCAGAGUUCAAACACAGAGGAUAUUAAAAAUGGACGCCUCAGUAAGGAGCUCGAUCUGGUGGGUCAUCAUGUGCGAACUCGGCUGGACGAGCUGAAGAGACAGGAAGUGUCUCGCCUCAGGAUGCUGCUCAAGGCCAAACUGGACAGCAGCAACAUGCAAAGUGUUCAGAUGGAUCACGUGUCCUUACUGAAGCAGUUUGAACAUCUGGAUCCUCACAAUCAGAACACAUUCGAGGCCAAAGACCUGGAGCUGCUCAUCGCCACGGCCACUAAAGACCUGGAGAAUUAUGAUGCGGAGCGUCACGAGGAGUUCAAGCGUUACGAGAUGCUGAAAGAGCACGAGAGGAGGGAGUACCUGAAGAGUCUGGACCAGGAGAAGAGGGAGAUGGAGGAGAAGAGGAUGGAGGAGAUGAAGGAGAAACACCGCCAGCAUCCCAGAGUUAACGCUCCGGGGAGCGUUGACCAGCUGAAGGAGGUGUGGGAGGAGACAGAUGGUCUGGACCCACAGGAGUUCAACCCCAAGACCUUCUUCAAACUCCACGACACUAACGGUGAUGGCGUGCUGGACGAGCAGGAGCUGGAAGCACUUUUCACAAAGGAGCUGGAGAAGGUGUACGACCCGAAGAACGAAGAGGACGACAUGAUGGAGAUGGAGGAAGAAAGACUGCGGAUGAGGGAACAUGUCAUGAAAAACGUGGACCUGAAUCAGGACCGACUGGUCAGUCUGGACGAGUUCCUCAAAUCCACAGAGAAGAAAGAGUUCAGAACCCCAACAGAGUGGGAGACACUGGACGACACGAAGCCGGUGUACACGGAGGAGGAGCUUCAGCGCUUUGAGGCGGAGCUUUGGGAUAAACAGGUGGAGCUGAGCAAGAGGGCGGAGACUCUGAGACAAGAACAGGAGCUUCUGAAAGAGAGAGGCAAAGCACUAGAGGCUCAAAAGAAGGAGUACCAGCAGGCGCUGAUGGAAAUGUCUCAGAGACAGAAAGCCCAGCAGGCGGCGCAACAACCGCCUCCAUCAGGCCCUAACGGAGAACUGAGGUUCCAGCCGGACGCUCAGAACCCGGCUCAAGAACAGAUUAAGGUUGGAAAAGUGGCUGUCGAUCAGAACGGAGACAUCCAGAACGGCCCACCUGCUGAGCCACCACAGAACUUUCCUCAACACACACCAUAACAGAACACACACACACACACACACACUGCUGCUAAACCCUCUCCUCAUUAUAACCUCCAUCUGCAGCCAUGCUUUUGUUACGUUUUGGUUCCUGGUUUUUAAUCUCGCUUGAUCUUGAGUGAUGUCGCUAGCCGUCGCAUGUCGGUUAAUGGUAAAACUUUUCCUGAACGAUUUGCAUAUUAAUUUGCAUAAUUAAUACAUUUUUUUAAAGACGUACAACCAAAAGUGAUGCGGUUCAGCUUCUACGUAAAGCUUCGACUUUUACUCGGACAUCACUCGCAUAGCGUAGAUCUCUGAUCUGAGGCUCACUCUGUAGUGCAGCCGCAUUGCAUUCUGGGACAUAAACAUAUUUAAUGAGUUUCAGGGUGGAGUUUAGUUGAAUAACGUGCGAGUUUUUUCUGAAAAUUUCCAGCCUUUUACAGUCUUAGAAAAAAAAAAGAGCUUUGUGUUUUUGGAAGACUUUUAUUUUGAAUGUUGUGGAUCGGCUGAGGUGUUUUGCACUGGAGCUACAAGGCUAAUGUUGCUUAGAAGCUAACAGGCCGACAGAAGUCUAGACGGCGGCCAUCUUGGAUGUUCGUAAUUACUUUAUUCUGCGUUUGACUCAUCACAGAUUUGAGGACUUGUCGUCGACAGACAAUCUUUUGGAAUCAUCUUUUCUUUGUUGUAGAUUUAACAAGCUACAAAGGGCCUUGAUGUUCUGAUGUCACGUCCUGUGGAGGGUUUUACUGUGGAACACAAAAACAGCAUUAUUUCUCCAUGUGAUUUUAUGACCCCGCCCCUAUAUUCAAAGGCCACACCCCUAAAGGUGAAUAAUACUUUAAAGAGAAAUGGAUGAUCAGAAAUCUUAAGCAUAAAAGUCAUUAUUUAGGGUUUUGUACUUUUUUUUUUCCCCAAUUUUUUUGCAUGAAUUCUGUUUUUCAACCUGUUGCACAUUUUGCUCUAUAAACUGCUGUAAUUUGAAUUGCACACACACACAUACACACACACACACACACACACACACACACACACGACAGUGAACAGGAAUUCUCUGGAUUCUGUUCAUUAUUUUAAUCAUAAUAAAGUCUAAACUGA